GUAUACAUUUCUCUUGCGAAUGACUUUAAGAAUCGGGCCCCAGUAGGCCUAUUCUGUAACUCGUUAAGACGGUUAACGACGGGUUUCGGUUCGUUAAGUUACCGAAGCGACGCGGUAGCGAGAAAUGAUAUUCUGUAAGUCGUGGUAACGAAUUUUGUCGGUAUCGCAGUCGGUAAGUUAACGAAAUUAGUCGAUAGCGGCGAUUACCGAAGCGAGGGGUUCGGGACCCCUCGUUAACGUGUAACGAGGCUCGAUAGCGUGCGUAACCAUCAAACUGUGCGUACUUUUCUCAUAUUCGUUGGAGAUUAGAGGUUAGGUUGAGCACGUUUAGUUUUCGUCUUCGGACUGCUCCGGACGAAACUAACCUUGAAAAACCCCCGUAUUUUUCUUAUGGUGGUUUGUGUUUUGGAGAAAAUUUAAAAAAAAAAAGAAAAGCAAGGGAACAUAAUAAUGGCUGUCGGAUUUCUCGCUUGGGAACUUAUGAUUCUACGAGAAAGAGUACGACAGAUGGAAAGGCGCGUAGAGCGGAGAGUAUUGCGAGACGCACAGAAUCCAUUUGAUCUCCCUCGUAACGAGUUUAUGAACAUUUUUCGCAUUAGUCCAGAUCUUGCAUUGGAAAUAACAAAUUUGAUAAGGCCUGAUUUGAUUCGCCAACGUUCUACUGGUAUAUCUCCGGAAAUACAGACGUUGAUAGCAGUUCAGUUUUAUGCGCAUGGCAGUUAUCAAAGGCCAACGGGAGAUCAAUUCAACUUUAACGUAAGUCAGCCAACAGUUAGUCGAUGUCUCCACGCAGUGACAGCUUCGAUUAAUCAGCGACUCUUACGUCGAUGGGUACAAUUUCCGAUGACUCGGGAAGAACGCCAGGCGGCGCGUGCCAAAUUCGCAAAUGCACCACAACCAUUUGAGGGAACAAUUGGAGCAAUUGAUUGUACCUUUGUUAACAUUUUGGGGCCAUCUGAACACGAAGAAGCAUUUGUAAAUCAUCAUGGGAAUCACUCGUUGAAUGUGCAAGCCAUAGUUGAUACAGAUAUGAAAAUAUUGAAUAUCAAUGCAAGGUGGCCAGGAGCAAGAAACGAUGCAUACAUUUGGAGCACUUCUCCAAUCCGUCGAGCUAUGCAAUUUCAUUACGACAGAGGCGAGCGUCGAACUUGGUUAAUUGGUGAUGCUGGAUAUCCGUUGGAACCGUGGCUCAUGACGCCCUUGCCACAUUACCCUGAAGGAACUCGGCAAUUCGAAUACACGAGGGACUUGUGUAAAGCAAGAAAUGUAGUGGAGCGAUUUUUCGGUUGUUUCAAGGGUAUGUGGAGAUGUUUAUCGUAUCAACGCGUAUUGAUGUACGAUCCGACGUUUGCUGGACAUAUCGUGAAUGCCUGUGCUGUAUUGCAUAAUAUGCGACUUUAUCAUCGCCUUCCUGCAGCCGACUACUACGAUGCCGUUGAUGAUGGUGUCAAUAAUAAUAAUGUACAAAUACGAGACAAUGAUCAAGGUGAUGAAAAUAUUAGACAAGGCCCUCGUGCCCUAGCGCAGCGCAUUCAGAGUCAAUUAAUGCGCGAACGAUAUGAACACCUUCCCGACGGUAAUGCGAAUGCCAACUAAAUGUAUGAAAUAACAAAUCAAAUACAAGUGAUGUUAAUUUUUGAUCAUUUUAUUUAGCUGAUAAUAUUAUCACAUAAUUGUACAUAUAUUUUAUUGUCUAAAUCAUAUAAACUUUUGUAACUUUUAAUAAACAUUAUAGUAUUAAA